AUGGAGGUGGCAAUCGCGUCUCCAGGCUCCCAGCUAUAUUCUGGUCAUGACACUAUUUUCUUCGACAUAAGAACGCAGAUCAAGUCUCUGGUGUCCGAAUUUCCAAAAUCUCAUUUUCCUCCAAAUGCCUUCCGGCCCAUUUUACUUGAUCUUUGCUCGAGAUGGCUCGAUUUACCGGAGCUCGUCGAUUUAAGCGUGUUCGAGGCUAUUGGAGUUGUUAUUGGGAUCUAUGAUGAAACCUACCCUAUAAUUCUUCGAUACCUCAAUGGCAGUUUCCAACCUGAUGGACCAAUUGCGCACGUUAUGCGCCAUGACGAACUAGCAAAAGCAGAGGGUAUCUUAGACAAAACCUUAUUAGCGUACUAUAGAAUUCUUAGGGCAGAUGUAUGCAUCCCCCAGCGUUUCCAUUGGCCCCUUUCGUCUCUUGUUACACUCAUCGAAACCAAAGAAGCUGCUCCAAGUGUUCGAUUUCUCGCCAUUCGGUGCUACGCAUUGCAAACAGGCAUGGCAGAGCGCGAGCGCGAAAGUCUAGAGCAUUCGAAUCUUGGGGGGUUGGGGAAUGUUGAUGUCCCUGUAGCGCGCGGCCUGCGCUACGUCGGGGAUCAAGUUGAGCCUGAUGUCGUUGACGGGUGGAAUUUAUUUCUUCUUGAAGAACAAAGGAUAAUCGAGGAACGCGCCAGAACCCUAAACCAAGUCCCUUUCAUUGACUCCACAAGUUCGCCCGUUUUACAGUACUCAGACUUGUCACCUCACGUUGUCGGCGUUUCUGGUAUACUGCUGCCACGAAGUCAACCGGACGCCUCGACACCCACCAAUUUAGUGGAAACACCUACAACGCACUUCGCACUUCGACAGCUUGCUUUGCGAUACUCUCAACGGCUUCCGACGCUAUUGGUGUCACCCCCCGGCGCGGGCAAAGCUCUCAUGAUUUCUCACUUUGCGAGAACGAUCCAUCCUAAGUCACACCGUCAGGUCGUCAGUAUCCAUCUAUCCGAUUCAUCAAUCGAUCCUAAGUCCUUGCUGGGUUCAUAUGUCACCUCAAUCAAGCGGCCUGGUGCUUUCGAUUGGAUCGAUGGGCCCAUUGUAGCUGCCAUGCGCGAGGGGAAAUGGCUGGUACUGGAAGAUAUUGACAGAGCGUCCGACGAAGUGUUGGGAGCAAUUAUUCCAUUGGCUCAGAGUUUAGCUCCAGUCCGGUGUCUUGGGGAUCGCGCAACGGUUGACAUCCCUGGAAGAGAUCGGGUUGUUGCGCAUGAUGACUUCGCGCUCUUUGCCACACGUUCUGCUAAUAAUUCCGGGACUCCAACAGAAUUUUACACUCCUCGGCCAUCUACCUUUUUGGGUUAUCAAUAUUGGUCUGAGGUUCCUAUUCCUUCGCCAAGCACAGCUGAUCAAGAACUUAUCCUUGCGUCACAAUUCCCCCGCCUCCGGGGAUUCCCUUUGGGCAAAUUGGUGUCGACGUACAGUAUGAUCCAUUCGGUUUUGAAGGGGUGUGUCAGUGUCAGAGACGACACUAGCCCUUCAUUUCGUGACCUGAUGAAGUGGGCGAGGCGGGUUGAAGGCCUGUUUCCGACGAUAGAAUCGCACCAGAUGUCUUGCUUGGACAAUAUCUGUCAAGUCGAUUCUCGUGUUCAUCGCGAGCUGUUCAUGAGUCCUGCGGUCAAGGAGGCGAUCUAUCUCGAAGCAUACGAUAUUUUUCUUGGCUCCUCUCCGUUUACAGUCACAAAUCAUUCAUCACCUAAAUCCCAUAUUGCCAAAGUCAUAUUCGAGCACUUGGACAUAUCUACAGAUAGGCUGGCUUGGCUGCUUGAACAUCGUGUUCCUGAGUUACGCGUUGAGAGGAGCGAUUCCGAUGGGUCUGUGUGCCAGUUUUCAAUAGGACGUGCCACUGUUCACUCCCGCGUGGACACAUCCAUCCAACCUUUGCCUCUAUCCGGCUCUCGGCCGUUCGCCCUUCAUCGCCCUGCCUUACUACUUCUUGAGAAGCUUUCAAUGGCUGUACAUUACUCGGAGCCACUCCUUCUUGUUGGAGAGACGGGGACAGGGAAAACGACGGCCGUUCAGUAUUUAGCGUCAUUGGCCAACCAAACUUUAACCGUGAUCAACCUUUCGAAUCAGUCAGAGGCUAGCGAUUUGAUGGGAGGGUUCAAACCUGUGGAUGCCCGUGUACCGGCGAUGGAACUUCAGUCAAGGUUUUCUCAAUUGUUUGACUCCACGUUCGGUUUGGGGAGAAAUGCUGAGCACAGCGAGUUUCUGAGGAAGGCCAUUGCUGGAAGUAGUGGAAGCGUGGUACUUGAAUCUACUCCCAUCGUGGCAACCCCAAGGAAAAAGCGGAAGCUUGAUGGAUCGACUAGUUCUCUGCCGUCUGAAAAGGAAUGGGACUUGUUUGUGCAAGAUGUAUCAAUCUUUGAGACUCAACAUGUUCUUGCGGCCUCAAAACUAGCAUUCGCCUUCAUCGAAGGGCCACUGAUACGCGCUGUUAGAAUGGGACAUUGGGUUUUGCUGGAUGAGGUUAAUCUGGCGUCCGAAGAAACCCUGGAGGCGCUGGUCCCGCUUUUAUCAUCAAACGCAUCCUCCAUCAUUCUAGUUGAGAAGGGCACUCUUGAGCCUGUUCCUCGACAUCCAUCUUUCCGGAUUUUUGCCUCGAUGAACCCGGCGACUGAUGUGGGUAAGAAGAAUCUACCACAAAACAUACGCUCAAGUUUUACGGAGGUUUGGGUUGCACCGCCUGAUGAGGUGAGACCAGCACUCGUGGCAAUAGUUGAGCAGUACAUCGGGAAAGCCACCACCACCGAUCCAUCUGCUGUCUUGGAUGUCGCAGAAUACUACGAAUCAGUCAGACGCCUUGCGAGUACUGGCCAGAUUGCGGAUGGCUCUAACCGCAGACCUCAUUUCAGCAUGCGGACUCUCGCUCGAGCAUUGACCUUCGCGUCGGACGUUGUAUCGUCUUUUGGCCUUCGUCGGGCUCUCUGGGAAGGCUGCUGGAUGGCCUUCAAUAUGAUCCUUGAUGAGCCUAGUUCACUGCUAGUCCAACGAUUUGCCGAGACAUACCUACUUAAUGGAGUGUCAAAUAAGCAAGCCCUGCUGGCACAUCGUCCAUCCCUUCCAGUGCCUUCGAAUACCAAUUCACAGGACGAGUUUGUUUCCGUCGGGCCCUUCUAUUUGCGGCGCGGUCCAGUCCCACCUAGUCAAGAUAGUAAUUACAUACUUACCCCUUCAGUCCAGGAUAAGUUGGUUCAUCUUGCGCGCAUCAUCCUAACUCGUCGAUUCCCUGUCUUGAUAGAAGGCCCUACGUCUGCUGGAAAGACGAGUUCUAUAGAGUAUUUGGCCAAACGGACAGGACAUCGCUUCGUGCGUAUCAACAAUCAUGAGCACACAGAUAUACAGGAGUACGUCGGGACUUACGUUUCAGACCCUGCCACAGGAAAGCUUGUUUUUCAAGAUGGGUUGUUGGUCCGGGCGCUACGGAGAGGAGAUUGGAUUGUUCUGGAUGAGCUGAAUCUAGCCCCAACGGAUGUGCUGGAGGCUCUCAAUCGUCUGUUAGACGAUAAUCGAGAGCUCUUGGUCGCCGAAACGCAGGAGGUUGUCAAGCCGCAUCCAGGCUUCAUGCUGUUUGCUACCCAGAAUCCAGCAGGUAUCUACGGCGGUCGCAAGUUUCUUUCGCGGGCAUUCCGGAAUCGUUUUUUGGAAGUUCACUUCACUGAUGUCCCUCGGGCUGAAUUGGAGACCAUUCUUCAUGAACGCUCCCGCAUCGCGCCGUCGUAUGCGCAACGAAUCGUCGCCGUGUUCACCGAGUUGCAAAAACGUCGCCAAACCAGUCGUGUGUUUGAGAGUAAGGGAGGUUUUGCUACUCUCAGGGACCUGUUUCGGUGGGCCACUCGACAGCCUACAUCAGUGCAAGAACUUGCUCUGAUUGGGUACAUGCUAUUGGCGGAACGAACACGAAGGGAAGAUGAUAAGCUGAUGGUCAAAGAAGUCAUUGAAUCUGUACUGAAGGUUGUUCUUGACCCAUCGUCUUUGUACAUGGCUCCCGAAUCCUCGCGGUUGGGUGUACUCCCGCCGACCUCUGGACUCACUUGGACUUCGUCUCUGCGGAGAGCGUUCAUCUUACUGGCUACGGCCCUGAAAAACCAUGAGCCUGUUCUGUUGGUUGGGGAGACCGGUUCAGGGAAAACCUCCUUAACUGAAUUCAUGGCUAGAAGCAUGGGUCGCAACCUCAUCAUGCUUAACUGUCACCAGAACACAGAAGUCGGAGAUCUACUUGGUUCACAACGCCCCGUACGUAAUCGGGCAUUGCUUAGGCAAGAGGCAUGUAACGCGGUCCUCGACGUUUUCGAACGGCUUGGAAUUGCUGUUGACCACAGUGACUCCCGUGAUAUCAAAGCAUAUUCACAGACCCUUUCAUCUCUCCUCCGCGAUACAAAACAUUCUGCUCAUUUUGAGGAGCUGCACAAACUACGCCAACAGAUCCUGCGCGUGGACUCUCUCUUUGAGUGGGAGAACGGUCCUCUUGUGAAGGCUAUGAAGACAGGGAGCGUCUUCCUCAUGGACGAAAUUUCUUUGGCGGAUGACUCCGUCCUCGAGCGUCUGAAUAGUGUCCUGGAACCUUCGCGAACGUUGUUACUUGCAGAAAGAGGGGGAUUAGAUAUUGCUGACGUCCAGGUUUCCCCCCAACCCGGGUUCGAGAUUGUUGCGACUAUGAACCCUGGUGGAGAUUAUGGAAAAAAGGAACUCUCUCCCGCUCUACGGAACAGAUUUACGGAAAUAUGGGUUCCUCCACUGGAUAGUAGGGAGGACAAAGCUGUAAUCAUUGAUUCAUCAUGGAAGCAUUCAGCCUUCCGGUCCUUCACCACGCCCCUGCUUGAGUUCACCGAUUGGAUUCAUCAAGAAAUCGGUACAACUGCUGUUGUUGGAAUGCGAGAUUUGUUGGGUUGGGUGUCUUUUUCGAACACGGUCUUCGAGUCUACUGAUGCAGCGAUAUCGGAAGGCGCCAUUUUCCAUCACGCGGGUCAUAUGACCGUUCUUGAUGGGCUGCGCUCUCUUCCAAGUCUCCAGUCUGUGGGACAUAGUUCCAUACGUAGGCUGCAUGAAAAGGCCACCACUCAACUUCUCGCUCUCGUUCCCCUAUCGACUUCGGAAGUGGCUGGUUUAAACAACUUCAAUCUGUCCCGCACCGAAUCCCGUUUUGCUGUGGGUCCAUUCUCUGUUCCUCUUGGUCCGGAGCCAGUGGCACUUCCUCCAUUCAGCACAAAUGCCUCUACAGCAGGGCUGAAUAUGAUGCGGAUAUUACGUGCAUGCCAGAUCCAUAAGCCAAUUCUGCUAGAGGGGAGUCCCGGUGUAGGAAAGACGAGCCUUAUCGCUGCCUUGGCUGCCUUAACUGGCCAUCGGCUUUGUCGCAUCAAUUUGUCCGAUCAAACAGAUGUAAUGGAUUUGUUUGGCUCGGACUUGCCAGUGGAAGGUGGUCGCUCGGGAGAAUUUGAAUGGAAGGAUGCUGGAUUUCUACGGGCGUUACAACUUGGAGAGUGGGUGUUGCUUGACGAAAUGAACUUGGCCCCACAAGCAGUCUUAGAAGGGCUAAACAGCAUUCUAGACCACAGAGGAACCGUAUUCAUACCCGAACUGGGGCGCACCUUCCUCAGACAUCCUAGGUUCCGUAUAUUCGCUGCCCAGAAUCCCUUGCAUCAAGGGGGAGGAAGAAAAGGCCUGCCGAAGUCCUUCCUGAACCGCUUUAUCAAGGUUCAUAUCCAAGAGUUGGACUCGCAAGACCUUCUCAUGAUCGCUUCAGAAGCUUGUCCCAAACUACCCUCCCAGCGAUUAGCAAAAAUGAUCGAAUUCAUUCAAACCUUGCACCGCCAGUCAAUAUGCGGUGAAUUGGGCGUGGAAGGAUCCCCUUGGGAAUUUAAUUUGCGGGAUCUCCAGCGGUGGCUAAGCUUGCACGAAAGAAAUCCAUUCCCUUGCUGUCACGAUGUCGCUUUCGAACAUGUGGACAUCCUGUUCUCCCAACGAUUCCGCACCCAGGAGGAUCAAUCGAGAGUUAUGUCUCUGGCCCACGCCAUUUUUCCGUUUCCUUCCUUUGACUUGUACCGUCGUCCCGUACUAUCCAUUGGACCUACGAUGGUUCAGAUAGGAACCGUUCUCCUUUCGCGCCAGCACGAGCGUCCCUUCAAACCACGACAUAUUAUUCCUCAUAUGUUACUUCGCCCCUUGCAGGCCGCUGCUGCUUGUAUGGACAACGGCUGGUUGCUCAUCUUGACUGGUCCUAGUGGAUCUGGGAAGACUCUUGUCGCAACAACGCUAGCUGAUCUUCGUGGCUCCAGAUUACAAACCAUUCCUAUAAGCGGCUCCAUGGAUGCCUCAGAUCUGAUCGGUAGUUUCGAGCAAGUUGAUCCCCGGAGACGAUUCCGUGCUCUAGCUAACUCAGUCAUUGCGGAAUUGGAACGCCGCGCAAGUCAGCAACCUUACAAACGUCUGGAUGCAUUAUUCCACUUGCGACGAUUCGCCUCCCACUCCAACUUGCCCUUUGAGCCUCCCCAUGCGUUCCACACCUUGCGCGACUGCAUUGGCGCGCUCACUGAUUCAGAAAACAGCACCUUGUUGGAUGAGAUCAAAUCGAUGGAGCAAGAUUGGCAUCAGGCUGGUGCUCUGUUCGAAUGGAUUGAUGGUCCGCUGGUCUCUGCUGUGAGAUCGGGUUCGUGGCUACUCUUGGACAAUGCAAAUUUAUGUAAUCCUGCAGUCCUUGAUCGGCUAAAUUCACUCUGCGAAGGCAAAGGUUCACUCGCUCUGACGGAACGGGGCUUGGUGAAUGGUGAAAUGGAGGUUUUACAACCUCAUCCAAAUUUCAGGCUGAUUAUGACAGUUAAUCCCUCACGUGGCGAACUUUCCAGAGCCAUGCGGAACAGGGGAGUUGAAGUCGCAUGUCUUCCUAAUGAUUCAAUCGACAACCCAUCGCCGCCUCUCAGCUUAGGAGUUCAGGCUGAGGGUGUGAGAGGCCCCUCUAUAGAUGACGCUAUUUCAGCCCAACUCAACCGCAGAGGAUUGGACUUUGGUACGCAAAAAGUGACAAGAGAUAUCUGGUUCGGUGGAGAUGAUCACGUCACACGUUGGGGAUCAAUCAAUGCGUACGUAGCCCGCCUACCUCCCUCUCCGUAUCGUUCGGAGGCGUUGCUCUUCCAUUUGCUCCGUGCCACGUCAGUUCGUGAUCGUCUCCGAGUUGUUCGUACUGCUGCAUUCUCCCUCUCCGACAUGACAAAUAUCGAGAGAGCCUGGAUACGCAAUGCCUUACUCAAGCUAUUCUCCUCAACGGCGUUUCCCCAGUCACAUGCCCAUAUUCUGAGCUCAUCUGAGCUUCUGAAUGAGUGGGCGGGGUCUCAGCCCCUAGAUCUUCAUAUUGUCGCACCCCCAUCCGGCCUGUCGGUCGCAUUCCCUCAGUUCAGGGACAUGCUGGAGCUUUUAGUUCGACGCGAAAGUCUCUUUGACAAGGCCGAGUUUUCCGUGUCAUCCUUGUAUCGUAGCGUCACCUCGUUAUCCCCCAAUCCCCCUGUUAUCAAGCACGGAGUCACCGAGUGGAUUUCCCCCCUGUUUCAAGAAGCAAGGCAAUGGACCUCUGCUUUCAUCUCCGCCUUUAGCAGGGAUAAAACUGAUUACAGGCUACAGGCAGAUAUCCGUGCGGCUUGCCUCUUCCUCGACCGUCUAGAAAGUCUUGGGAAGGUUAAUACAGCGGAAGCUUUCAAUUUGACCGCCAUUCGCUGCAUCGUAGCCUCGAUUGCCGAAGUGACACCCAUUCAGAGGAUUACCCCAUCCCUCAGAAUCGUAAUUGACAAUCUACUUCAACUCACCUCUUUGAAGACAGGGCGUUCUAUGAAAGCGAUAUGGAGCGCCUUCCUGCCUGUCUCCAUAGUCCCAGCAUCCAACACGCAAGCUCUGAACGAUCUUGUUUCAAGAACUGAAUUGACGAGCGCUGAAGAUUUGAGACGCCGUGCACUGGAGGCAUUGUCGCUUUCCACCCUUUUUCAACCAACCUCCAAUCAAUCAGAGAACUUGACAGCACUGCAACAAGAUAUCGCCAGCUAUAUCUCCAACCACGCCACUUUGGUAAACCGGCCGGCGUUGGAUGGUGAUACUGUCAUGUUCCUGCUGAUUCAACUGCGCGUCUUUACAAGAGAAGCAGAUCCUCGUGAGAUACGGGAUAUGAUCUCCGUUGCAACAUCGACUCCAGGACUUCACCUGCUUCCGCUUACUUAUUGGCAACAUCUUUUAUGGAUCCAUGAGGAUAUCCACUCGGGCUUUUCUGACAACAACGCCAAAUCAGAUCCUGCUUUCUCCAUGUUACGCGCCCGAAACGAAAGAGCCAUGAUAUCGAUGAAUUGGAUGAAAAUGUGUUGGACUCUUGAUGGUGAUAAGGGGAAGGGCCUGGAUGGUCCGGCCGGUUUCCUGAAUCCUGUGAUUCUCAAGGAAGUUAUUGAAGCUACUUUCACAGCUCUAAACUUGAGCAGACGUAUAGAGGGAGUUACUCUUGGCUACAUAUCAACAUGGAGUGAUGCUCUUCACCGCCAGAUUUCGUAUUGCUUUCAGCAUGCACAGGGGCACUCUCGUUCACGUUCUCAACAGCUAGUUUCAUUCCUUAUCCAAUCUCUGUCGUUGAUAUGCGUCGCACUUCCGGAGGCUUAUUCCCCCAGCCAGUUUAAAGCGUUGGCUGCACAGUUAUCUCGCGCCGCAGGCGAUCCAUCUGAUUUGAACCUUGAGAGCGUGUGCGCAACUAUCCGUGCUGCGGAAGAUCGAAAUGUAGAAGUUAUCAUGACGCCCCUUUGUGAAGCAUUAGUGAGGUCCAGGGCCUCUUCAUCUGCAUGGUUUUCCAUCGGCAGAGCUUUUGCUGUGUUUUCACUCACAGUCAUUCACCUCUACCUACCGGAUGCCGUAUUGGAUCCUUUGGUUGAGAUUCGGACUAAGAACGACUGUAUUCGGUCAAGCAUAUCACGACUGAAAACCUGCCUAGACGUUGAUGUGCGUCUAGAGCGGAUCCUUUCCGACAACUCGUCAAAUACGUUCAUUGAGGACAUCAAGGCUCGUAUCAACGACAUGUCGGAAAAACUGGCGCCCAUUCCCUUGCCAAGGGAUCCGGACAUUUUGCGUUUGAAUCAGCUGUUUGACGAGCUAUCACUCUUCACCAGUCACGUACUUCCACGACUCGAUUAUCUCCUCACCAUUCCCGCAGAAGCAACUGACCUCGCAAAUAGCGAGUCCUCUGUUCAAGGAUUGAUCGAAGGGUUUUGCCAAAGGCUGGAGGACGCUUACUCGGAUCAAAGGGACAUUAUUUGGCCCAUUGUGUGGGCAUUACAACAUUGCCGAAUUGGCCUGCGGCUCUGCAGAAGACAUGUCGCCCUCAAAUCAAGCACUGGUUCUCCUGACUCCAUCUUCAGGUUCCCAUCUAUCCAUUCAGCUCGCCAUUUACGCUUGCUCACAACGCUUCCCGACAUCCCGUCCAUUUCAAAGUCCGAGAUUGCUUUACUGCAAAUCUCAGGCAUUGUUUUAGAGUUGGCAUGUUCAACUCCCGUCCAGGAAUGCCGAGAGCGUCUUGGCAUCUGUUAUGAUUAUCUCCUCUCCUUAUGGCUCAAGGAUCGCGAACGCGAACAGCAACAAGCAGCGGAAGCCAGCAGUAUAUACAAACAAAGACGAAUGAGUGGCAGUGGAUUUAACGACGCCGAGUUGGAAGAACAGGAGUUUCUUCGACUCUUUCCUACAUUUAGCCCGACGGAGGAUUGUACAGAUACCGCAGCUACUACUCAAAGGUCUACCCCCAAUAUGCUGGUAUCGGGACCGAGCAUGCUGAAAUUAUUACAGCUGCACUUCAAUCUCUUUAUGCAGCCUUCGAUCGGUGCUGUGCACUUCGCGGCUCGUUCCCAAUAUCAGCAGCAUUGCCGAGAUGUCGCGUCCCAUUUUAUGGGUUCUGAGGCUUUCUUCGAGAUGCCUGAUACUUUGGACCUCCAAUCAACUCCUUGGCGGCUAUCUUUACUGUCGGACCAGCAGAGCACUACCAGCGUCGAGCCCCGCAGACCCGCGGGCAACUUCUAUCGGAAUCCUAACAUUCAGAAGUCCACAAAGCCAUCCCAAUCUUAUCAGUGGCCGGAUCAUAUGGUUCUCCAACAUCUUCUUGGUGAUGUAGACCGAAUCCUGAGCCUACGCAUCCAGAGCCCAGUGGCAAUGGUAUUGGUGUACCUCGAAGCCUUGAUCAGUCACAUGGAGGAUUGGGAAGAGUAUGCCAGCCGAGAGACUUCUCUCAAGCCUUUACAAAACGAUUUGAUUCGCUUAAUAGUUUCAUGGCGUCAACUUGAGCUCAAUUGUUGGUCCCAACUGCUCGAUGCCGAGGCCCAGAAUAUGAGGGACGGUGUAGCUGAGUGGUGGUUCCGACUGUAUGAACUACUGAUCCAGGGUCCUUUGAGCAUUUGUUCCGGUAGCGAUGAACCCCUCAGUGACAUCACGGAGCACCUAGCGCGCAUAUCUCCUUCGUUGGAUCAGUUCAUGACAGAAUGUCCUGUGGGUCAAUACGAGAUCCGGCUCGACCUCCUUGAAUCCUUUUCACGCUACGGUUCUUCAAUAAUCGAUGGACGGCAGUCGCAAAGGGAUCAGAGCAUGCUCCGUAUCAUCCGCCACGUUGAUUCGCUUGUGCAACACUAUCGUCUUUCCGUCUCUGCUGUGGAUGCCGAAAUUAAGAGGCUUCGGGAGCCCAUUGAAAAGGAGAUGCGAGACUACAUCAAGUUGGCUAGUUGGAAAGAUGUCAAUAUACAUGCAUUGAAGCAGAGUGCAAGUAGCACACACCGCCAUCUUCACCGUUGUAUCCGCAAGUUCCGGGACGUCCUUAGAACCCCAGUGCAGUCAUCUCUGCUCCCACAUGUCUCAUUUAAUCAUCUUAUCAGUGGAUCCAGUGAGAUGAUAGACACCCUCCCUGCCAAUCAAUCGUCUUCUCUUAACCGUAUCAAUGCAUCCACCACCACAACUCAUAUCCAUGGCACCUUAUUGAAAAAAUUCAAGGAUAUAUUGCAUUCGGACAUAACGCAAACUGCUUCAACCUGGGCCUGCGCCGCAGCGGAUGAUUUAUCCGCAAGCAUUAUUUCCGCCUCUCGGGAGCUCUCCGCCUCACCCGUGCCGAAAAACCCUAAGGACAAGGACAAGGAGGUCAAAAAUCUGUUCAAUCGCAAGAAACGAGCACUGGCAGAUUUAUUGAAGGAAUUGAAGCGCAUUGGCACGCCUCAAACGUCCAAGCACCAUCUUAUCUCGAAACAAAAUUCUCGUUUUCGUUUGUUGGACUUGACAAUGACUCCCUUUGGGUCGUUGCCUCAGAUGAAAGUCCUCUUCGAGAAAAGUGAUGACUAUUUGCAUCGAUUGGUCAACAGCCUAGAAACCGCAGGAGAUACUUUGGCAAAGCAUAACGCGGACGUUCCGACCCGUGAUCUUGAACGUCUCCUGUCAAGGGUCGAGACUACAUUCUCAAUCUCGUUUGAGUUAAGGAACCAAUUGGGCACUGUUGGCCAUCAGUUUACUCGGCUUUCUGGAUUAGUGGACCGCCUCCGACCUUUAACGACGGACAAAGAAACCGUUACACGCAUCGGACCUUCAGUAAUUCCUGACGUUGAGUGUCUGAUGAUGAGUCUGGGCGUGCUGUCAAGUGGCCUUCGUGAAUCCCUGGAAGUAUUGUCGGAUAUCACCAGCAGAGGUUCAACACCACUCCCUUCACAUUCGGUCCAACAACUUCAAGCUCAGCUCGAUACAGUAGAGGAACUGCGUGAUCAACUUCUUUCUCUCCGCGCAAAAAUUUACAGCUCCUUCAUUCCUCUUUUACUUCGAAACAGCAACUCAACUCGAUAUAAGCGAGUCCGGGAACAUGUUGCUGCGACAGGAGAAGCUCUCAAGACAGUAAUCCAUCAAGAGCCAAUGAUGGACUCCUUUUUGGGUCCCAUUCUCAGUAACUUAGAACCCGAGUCACCGGCUCCUUCUGAAGCCAACGUUGUGAGAUCUGUGCCUGCUGACGAAAUAAUUUCAUCGCUGUUGGUAAUCGUUCAAGGCCUAAGGACUUGGUCCAAGAAAGAGGAGUGGCAGGUUCAGUACGACAGUGAUGGUUAUUACCAUCGCACCACGAUGUCAUGGCGAACGUUUGGACGAGUUGCCCGUCUUAGCUUCAUCGAGUCACAACUGACACUCUUCCUAUGCGGCUUGAUGCCACAGCAUGGAAAAUUAAAUCCUGUUCCCAUAGAUCCUAUCCUCGAGGUCUUCCCUUUCCUUGACGAAUAUGUGCGUGUGAUGGGAAUCAUUCUCACAGAUUUCGCGCUGUGCUUGAAGUCGUCCUUCAAACUGUGCUACGUCCUGUGUUCAUUAUUUAUGUUCCUUUCCGAGAAAGGAUUCUGCAAACCUCCCGAAGAGUCCAGUUCGGAUGAGCAGUCAACCGAAGGGGCUCUCGAGGGCACCGGGAUAGGCGAAGGAUCCGGAGCGAACGACAUUAGUCAAGAGAUCGAAGACGAGAGCCAAGUAGAAGGAUUACUAGGCGAGGACUCUGAACCUCCAGAGGGACUGACUGUCCCGGAAUCCGAAAACGCUGUGGAGAUGAGUCAAGAUCUGGAUGCUUCCUUGGAGGACGUCGAAAGAAGUGAAGCUGGAGAAGAUGAGGAGUCAUCUGACACUACGGAGAUUCAGGAACAGAUUGAUGACGUUGACCCGACAGAUCCUCACGCAGUUGACGAGAAGCUGUGGGGAGACAAAAAUAACCAGGAGCGCCCUCCCGACGGUGGGAUUGACGAGGACAGAUCCCCCGAUAAAAAUGAGCCUUCCGACAUCGUACCAAAGCAAAACGAUCAGGUCAUGGAUGAGCGUAAUCAACCGCGUGAGGAGCAACCAGAGGAUGUAAUGAGUCCCGAGGAGGGAGCAUCUAGUGACGACCUACCUGAUCCCCUUGAUGAACAGGACGACAGCGGUGGGGGCGGCAAGCUAGAUGAGCAUGUUCCAGAUGCCGAUACCCUCGACUUGCCGGAUGAUUUGGACUUGGAGCCAAAUGCGCAGGAGGACGAUUUGCAAAUGGACGAGGACACCGACGAUGAACACUUGGACCCCUUAGAUGGUGACCCGCCGACGGAAAACAUCCCACAGCAAGAUGACGCGACGAUGCAUGAUGAUACGGAGGUGCACAAUGAAGAGACACACGCACCAGAGGAUGCAGAAGAGCCCCAGAAGGACAGGGAUCUUACUACUAAUGAAAUGGAUGAAGACCCGCUCCACUCAUCCACAGAUGCUUCGAAACCCGAGAACCCAAGCGACGAGGGAGUGGCUGACGAUAAAGUAAAACCCGAUGGUGGAGACUUGUCAUCCAAUGAGCCGUCCGCGCCCUCAUCCCACCCGAAUGGAGCACCCCAAACUGGUGAACGCCAGGACAUGGAUCGCACUGGCUCAUCUCAUGGCCUUGAAGAACACAUUGAGGAUAACCCAGCGGAUUCACAACGAGAUGGUGCAGAAAUGGAUCUCCCUAAGGGCAUGCGAGAUCCCCCGCCCUCUUCUGACCCCACUUCAUUUAUCCCGAAUCCAUUGCGCGACCUGGGGGAUGCGGUGCGGGAGAUUAGACGGCGUCUCGAGUCCAUUCUCCCUCCUUCAGAGCAUACACCUAAGGACAUGCCCUCAGACCCUGAACAGGUUGAGUACACCAAUACAGAUGAAGAUCAGGAUAUGCAAGCAUUGGGCCCUCGGGAUGACGGAGAGGCGUCACGGCUUCAUGAACUGAAGAUCAUCGAGGAUGAACGACAGACUUCUCCCUUGCUGGAAAUGGAAGAUGUGGCACCGACGGAACCAACACCCCUAGUCAAACCGGCCACGUCGGUCCUUGAGUCUCCACAGGAUAUGAUGGACGAUGAUACCGAGCCAAACGGCCCGCCGAGUAACGGUGGUGCAUCUCAGAAUACUGGUCGCCGCGAUGACAUUUCGGCGGAGGAAUCUAUACCCCCAGACGAUACCGAAGUCGAGUUCAAACUUCGCGCCUGGCAGACAUCUGGACGUCCAGAGGGAGAUAUCAAUGGACUUUGGAGAGCUUAUGAAUCACUCACACAAGACCUCGCACACUCACUUUGUGAGCAACUGCGUUUGAUAUUAGAACCGACGCUCGCAACCCGGCUGAAGGGUGAUUAUCGAACUGGCAAAAGGCUGAACAUGAAAAAAAUCAUCCCUUAUAUCGCAUCCGAGUUCUCAAAGGACAAAAUUUGGCUGCGUCGUACCCGUCCCAGCAAGCGAGAGUACCAGAUUCUACUUGCCCUGGAUGAUUCCAAGUCAAUGCGCGAGGGACGGGCUAGCCAUCUGGCGUUCGGCACCAUUGCUCUCAUUAUACGUGCCCUCGAAAGACUCGAAUCCGGGGAGGUCUCUGUUGUGAAAUUUGGAAGGGACGUCGAGGUGGUACGAGGUUUUGACUCGUCCACCUCGGGCUCAUUCGGUGACCAAGACGGUGCCAGGAUAUUAUCCAGCUUCGCUUUCUCCCAACCCGCAACCAAUGUAUUAUCCCUCAUUGACCGCAGUCUCGCCCUCUUAUCGGAAGCACGGAAUCGUCGCUCGUCUUCAUCAGCCGAUCUUUGGCAGUUGCAACUGAUCAUCUCAGACGGAAUCUGCGACAAUCACGACCGGUUACACGCAAUCCUACGCAAAGCCUCCGAAGAACGAGUGCUCAUUGUGUUUGUGGUGGUUGAUGGGCUCAAUGAUCACUCGAGCUCCAUCAUGACAAUGAAGCAAGCCACUUACGCCCGUUCCCCAAACGGAAAGCUGGAUAUACAAACUCGCAACUACAUGGACACCUUUCCGUUUGAGUACUUUAUCGUGUUGAGGAACAUCGAAAUGCUUCCUGAUAUAUUGUCAACCACAUUAAAGCAGUUUUUCGAGCGCGCCUCGGAAGACUAG